GAACAGGAAACCCGGCAGCGCGGGAGCCGCACGGUCGAGGAGGGAGCGCGGGACGCCGAGCCCACGCGCGCCUGCCGGGGCAAGUGGAGGCGAAGCCGGCGAGCGGACGCCCCGAGGGUCGGGGAAGGAACCGAGGCCGGGUCCCCUUCUUAUCCAGCCCGAGACAUUGAGCUCCGGUGGGUGUCCCUGCGCUGGGAAUCCCGCUCGGAGUUUUUCCAGGCCCGGCCGGGCUGCGCCGGGAAAGGCCCUGCUCCGGUUCCGCGCAGCCUCUUCGGCCUCGCCCCUGGAAACCCCGCCCAGGGCGAUGGUAGGGGUUUAACCUGCAGCCACCGCCGGCUCCGCCCACCCAGCCCAUGGGCUCCCUGAGGCCCGCCCAGCCGACGAAAACGCCGCGGCCGCGAUGGCGGCGGACGUGGAGGGGGACGUGUACGUGCUGGUGGAGCACCCCUUCGAGUACACCGGCAAGGACGGGCGCCGCGUGGCCAUCCGGCCCAAUGAGCGCUACCGGCUGCUGCGGCGCAGCACCGAGCACUGGUGGCACGUGCGGCGUGAGCCCGGCGGCCGCCCCUUCUACCUGCCUGCGCAGUACGUGCGCGAGCUGCCCGCUCUCGGCAACCCUGCCGCUGCCCCGCCGCCAUGUCCCCACCCGAGCCCCGCGGCCCCUGAGUCGCUCGCCUACGACUACCGGUUUGUGAGCGCGGCGACGGCCGCGGGCCCCGACGGCGCCCCCGCGGAGUCCGGAGGCAGAGCCAGCUCCCUGUGCGGCCCUGCGCAACGCGGCCCCGUGACCCAGCGCAGCAGCCUGGCGCCCGGCCUGCCAGCCUGCCUGUACCUGCGGCCCGCGGCGCCCGUGCGGCCCGCGCAGUCCCUGGACGACCUGGCCUGCGCCGCCGUCUCGCCUCCCGCCGGCCUCCUAGGAAGCAGCGGUAGCUUCAAGGCCUGCAGCGUGGCGGGCUCCUGGGUGUACCCGCGGCCCCUGGCGCGCAGCGACUCAGAGAACGUCUACGAGGUCAUCCAGGACUUGCAUGUCCCGCCGCGGGAGGAGAGCGCAGAGCAGGUGGACGAUCCCCCGGAGCCCGUGUACGCGAACAUAGAGAGGCAGCCCCAGGCCACUUCACCGGGCGCCGCUGCAGCCCCGCUUCCCAGCCCGGUGUGGGAGACGCACACGGACGCGGGCACCGGGCGCCCCUACUACUACAACCCAGACACGGGAGUUACCACCUGGGAGUCGCCCUUUGAGGCUGCCGAGGGUGCCGCCAGCCCAGCCACCUCCCCUGCCUCGGUGGACAGCCACGUGAGCCUUGAGACCGAGUGGGGCCAGUACUGGGAUGAGGAGAGCCGCAGGGUGUUCUUCUACAACCCGCUGACGGGCGAGACGGCCUGGGAGGACGAGGUCGAGAACGAGCCCGAGGAGGAGUUGGAGAUGCAGCCGGGCCUGAGCCCUGGCAGCCCCGGGGACCCGCGGCCCCCCACUCCCGAGACGGACUACCCCGAGUCGCUGACCAGUUACCCCGAGGAGGACUAUUCUCCCGUGGGCUCUUUCGGUGAGCCCGGCCCUACCUCUCCCUUGACCACACCCCCCGGCUGGUCUUGUCAUGUCAGCCAGGACAAGCAGAUGCUCUACACCAACCACUUCACCCAGGAGCAGUGGGUGAGGCUGGAGGACCCCCAUGGGAAGCCAUACUUCUACAAUCCAGAGGACUCCUCUGUUCGAUGGGAGCUGCCCCAGGUCCCUGUCCCUGCCCCUCGAAGCAUCCAUAAAUCCAGCCAGGAUGGUGACACCCCAGCCCAGGCCAGCCCUCCAGAGGAGAAGGUCCCAGCAGAGCUGGAUGAGGUUGGGAGCUGGGAGGAAGUCUCUCCUGCCACAGCUGCUGUGAGGACCAAGACCUUGGACAAGGCAGGCGUGCUCCAUCGCACCAAGACGGCAGACAAGGGAAAGCGGCUCCGGAAGAAGCACUGGAGUGCCUCCUGGACUGUGCUGGAGGGUGGCGUCCUGACAUUCUUCAAGGACUCAAAGACCUCGGCUGCAGGCGGCCUGAGGCAGCCUUCCAAGUUUUCCACCCCUGAGUACACAGUGGAGCUGAGGGGGGCCACUCUCUCCUGGGCCCCCAAAGACAAAUCCAGUAGGAAGAAUGUGCUGGAGCUACGGAGCCGAGAUGGCUCCGAGUACCUGAUCCAGCACGACUCAGAGGCCAUCAUCAGCACCUGGCAUAAGGCCAUUGCUCAGGGCAUCCAGGAGCUGUCCGCAGACCUGCCCCCAGAGGAGGAGAGCGAGAGCAGCAGAGUGGACUUCGGGUCGAGUGAGCGCCUGGGAAGCUGGCAGGAGAAAGAGGAGGAUGCGCGGCCGAAUGCAGCCGCGCCGGCCCUGGGCCCCGGGGGCCUGGAGAGCGACUUGAGCAAGGUCCGGCACAAGCUCCGCAAGUUCCUCCAGAGGCGGCCCACACUGCAGUCGCUGCGGGAGAAGGGGUACAUCAAAGACCAGGUGUUCGGCUGCGCGCUGGCCGCGCUGUGUGAGCGCGAGAGGAGCCGGGUGCCACGCUUCGUGCAGCAGUGCAUCCGCGCCGUCGAGGCCCGCGGGCUGGACAUCGACGGGCUGUACCGCAUCAGUGGAAACCUGGCCACCAUCCAGAAGCUACGCUAUAAGGUGGACCACGAUGAGCGCCUUGACUUGGACGACGGGCGCUGGGAGGACGUCCACGUUAUCACUGGAGCCCUGAAGCUCUUCUUUCGGGAGCUGCCCGAGCCCCUCUUCCCCUUCUCGCACUUCCGCCAGUUCAUUGCGGCCAUCAAGUUGCAGGACCAGGCCCAACGCAGCCGCUGUGUGCGUGACUUGGUGCGCUCGCUGCCCGCCCCCAACCACGACACUCUGAGGAUGCUCUUCCAGCACCUCUGCCGGGUAAUCGAGCACGGCGAGCAGAACCGCAUGUCGGUGCAGAGCGUGGCCAUUGUGUUUGGGCCCACGCUGCUGCGGCCUGAGGUGGAAGAGACCAGCAUGCCCAUGACCAUGGUGUUCCAGAACCAGGUGGUGGAGCUCAUCCUGCAGCAGUGCGCGGACAUCUUCCCGCCGCACUGACUGCUGGCCUGUGGGGCGGCGGCCACGGUCCUGCCACACAAGCUGGGCGGCGGAGGCCACGCAGCCGGGCCUUCUUCUCUCUGGGAGCCUCCGCCAGCGCAUAGCCGCAGGCCGGUGUGACUUCUGCACCCUCGGUUCUGAGGGUACGGUGACCCCUAGUGGGCAGUUUGCAAAAUGUGAUUCCUUCCCCUCAACUCCCCAUCCCCCCCCCUCCUCUCCCCGUCACGUCCUGUUUGGGGGUUAAUUAGGUUUUUUUCUCUAUUGCAUCGCGCCUACUGUGCGUGUGCGAUAGCGUGUGUGGGGGUGAGAGUUUGUUUUCUGGAAUGGUAGGUGCUGGGAGGAGGAGUUUGAUGGGGGGCUUCCUGGUUGCUUCUGGCCCUCCCCUCGGGGAGGCCUUCACAGAGACCCUGUGAGCCCUGGCACUGUGCCAGUCAUGAAGCAGCUGUGACCACUUCCCCACUGUGGAAACAGGACUGACCCAGCCUUCAGCGUGGGCAGCUGAAGCUAUCCUCCUUAGGCCUCAGGGAUGACCUCCUGCCUCAGCCUCUCACAGGCUGGCUGUGGGCCAGUUUCAUCUGCUUUCCUGUUGGGGGUCCCCGGCCUCUGCUGUUGCUGACCCACUGGUGUUCUGUGCAAGGCUUCUUCCCAUUCACCAAGUGCACACCUUGCAUCUGCCGCUCGGCAUGCACCAGUUCCACACAGCAUCCCAUUUUACAGACAAGGACGCUGAGGCCUGCAGCAGCAGUGUGACUUGCUCAAGGUCCAGUGAGUGACCUCAUUCCCCAGAAAAGGCUCCUCCCACACCAGAGUACAGCCUGGGUAGGGGGGAAAUCAAUUCUUUCAGCUACCACCCCUCCAACCUUUGGGCCUAUGCAAAAAGAAAGGAACUAAACUGGGUGUGUUCUGUCUGGACCUGGGGACGCCCCUGAAGGCAAAGAGGGAAACUGCCCCAACUAUUCUGUCCUAGGGGAGGGGAAUAUAGCCCUAGCAGGAGCUCCCAGCCCCUCUUGGCACUCUGACACACAAGUACGCCCAUCUGGGGCCCACUUUGCCAUGAAGAGCUGGGCAGGCCUGCAGGGUGUGGGGAAGGAGGACACAACCUCAAGAAAGGAAGCGUGAACCCCAGGGAAACAGCCGGUCCCUUCCCUCCUGAGACACAAGCCACCUCAGCUUGUGGCUCUUGGCCCCCAGCCCCACCAACCCACCUGUUCAUUUAUUCAACAGACAAUGACAGCUGAUAUUUAUUGGACAUUUGCACCAUGCCAAGCAUUUGGCUUGGAUUAUCCCAUUUGUUUCUCACAGCCGGUAUUUAUUGUCUGCUCUUCUGUGCCAGGUGCUGUGCUCUGGGCAGGGGCACUGCAUGGGCUGCCUGCUCUGGUGGAGCUUGUGGUCUGAUGGGUGAGGCUGACCCAAGCCCACCCCAUUGCCAGCAGGGCCAGGGCAAGAGUACACACAGGGGCCUCAUACCAUAUGUCUAAAUAUUUAAAAGUUAUCAAUCAAGCUAACAACUGUUAAAUAAAAUAUGUUCUAUUCUCCUACUUUGA